AUGCCCCCUAAAGCGCCCAAGGGUGAAUACAUCGAAACAGAUACAGGCAACAAAAUCUCCCGCCGGUCCUUAAUCCACGGAACCCAACACAUCAUCCUCGGCGGCAAGACAGUAAUUCAAGCGGACGCCGUCAUCCGAGGCGACCUCUACCGCUCCUCAUCCUCAUCCACAUCCACAUCCACAUCCUCCGACCCCGCCGGCGGCGGCGGCAGUGCACCAAACAGCCCCUCCGUGGCCAUUACAAUAGGCCGAUACAGUUACAUCUCGCGACAAGCGAUCCUGCGACCGCCGUCGCGACUACACCGGGGUGUGUAUUCGUUCUAUCCGCUCAAGAUCGGGGAUCAUGUGUUUGUGGGCGAGCGGGCGGUAGUGGAGGCGGCGACGGUGGGGAAUCAUGUGCAUAUUGGGAAGGAUGCGGUGGUGGGGAGUAUGGCUAUCUUGAAGGAUUUCGUGUAUAGGUUGGUUGGGAGGUGA